AUGGUUGACACUAUGGAUUUUGUGACUCCCGGUUUUGUUAGUCUUAUCAUUACCACAUCUGGGGAUGAGUACAAUUGUACAACAGAGAGACGUUUUCCUAUUUCUGUUACCAUUGCUGAAUUAAAAGGGAAAAUGGAACUUCAAACGGGAGGAAAUGCUGCUACAAUGUCUCUCGAAUUAUAUGAUAAAGAAGACACAUUAAUAGCAAAACUUGACAAUGACAGUGCUUCUUUAGGAUCGUAUGCCGUAAACAAUGGUAUGCGCCUUCACGUCAUUGAUAAAUUUGCUUUAAAAAAAACUUUUGAAGACUUAUCGAAAGUAGAAAAAUUUCAUUUGCCCAAAGAGGAAUAUGAUAAAAGAACAGAUAGUGUAAGAUCAUUUUUACAAAAAAAUAAGUUGGGUAAAUAUAAUGAAACAGAAAUGGCUGCUAAGCUGGAAGCUCGGAAAAAAGAAAUAGAAAAUGAAAUUGAAGAAGCAAAAAAAUAUAAUGUAGGUGAUAGAUGUGAAGUUAGUGUUCCUGGUCAGCCUGUUAGACGAGGCACAAUUAAAUACAUUGGUGAAAUUGAAGAAAAAAUUGGCAUGUGGUUGGGUAUUCAGUAUGAUGAACCUUUAGGAAAACACAAUGGAACGGUCGAUGGAAAAACUUACUUUGAGUGUCCACCCAACUAUGGUGCAUUUGUGAAAUCUAUGUAUGUUAAAGCAGGAGAUUAUCCAGAAAUUAAUCCCUUUGACGAUGAAUUGUAA